AUGAAAUACAUACUUAUCACUGUGCCGGACGCGCUGCCAUUGGAUAUGAUCCGAGCAUCAAUGGUAUAUAUUUUUUUCAAACAAAAUAAUGAAGAGAAAAAUUAUGAUUAAUCUUCAUAUUUCUCAAUGAAAAGUGAAUCACGGCGAUUUUUAAUCAAGUUUUUGGUCGGAAACGCGUCAAAAAAACAAGAAUUUUUUUCAAAUUUAAUUUGUUGAUUUCAAUUAUAUGCUCCUUCAACAUCUAUUAUGGCUCCUGUGUUCCUUAUUCCGAAAUUUUUCAGCAAACGAUCAACCACUUGACUUAUCACGUUUCUCCAGAACCCGAAGACAUAAUCAAUUUGCUGAAGACUAUGCCCAGCCGGAAACACAACCAGGUUGCGAUUUCCUUUCACUGUGAUCUAUUCGAAACUCAGCUUCUUAACCAAUCCGGUAAUGUUUUCAACACACGAAAUGUUUUCUUUUCACUUGCGUAGCGUUGUGUAUUUCUGAAUCUAAUCGAGCGCCGGCUAUUUUAUCUGAAAUUUUUUUUUCUAAAUUGCACUACCUGCCAGGAAGUUCAAUUUAGCGUAAGGUCUUCAAUUUUCAAGAAUGUUGCUUAAAUAUUAUCUAUCAAUUUGGAAAGAGACUUGAAUUUGCAUAGCCGUUAUUUGCACGAUUUUAGUUUUGAAGAUAAAAAAUAACUCAGAGGGUUAACCAUUUAUAAAAAUUAAAUGCUUCUUCAUUUCUUUAUCUCUAAUAAUAAAUUUCCUCUGCUAGUAAUUAUGCGUAUUCGAUUUUAAGUCCCUUAGAGAUUGCAUAAGCACGUUUGUAGAAAGUAUUUAUAUAUACGUUUAAAACAAUUUCGCUUUAAGAACUAGGUGGUUUUUGACCUUCACGCGACUGAGCCAUUUUUCUCGCGGUUAGAGAACGGGAAGAGAACCACGUUUCAAGUCGCUAGUUGUUCAGAGAAGUCUGCUCACUCGAGAAAGAGCGCCGAAGAAGUCGAUUCUCGCUCGGACCCCGACUCACAGCCACAUAAACCGAGCGACCGUCAAUCCUGAAAUCAGUUUGUCUGUUCAAGGUUUGCAGUCUUUUCUUCAAAUCACCAUGAAACUUGGAAGUGCAGAGUCACGGAAGCGAAAGAUGGAAAAGGUGGAUAUCGAUGGUUGGUUGUUUUUUUCUAGUUCAAAUUAGUGGGGUUUUGUAGAUUUCAACGUUGAUGAAACAGUGGAGAAGCAUCGUUUGCGGCGGAUGGCAACAGUCGAAGUGACGAAAUCUGAAGAUCAGUGGACCAUUCACCCACCCGCUGCCGCCGGGGAAGAAGCUUCGUCUUCUGCCGAAGGCGGCCUCUUAGCGCCAAGCAAGGAACUUUUCUCCUACAUCAUCGAAAUAUGUCAGGUUCUCUUUUUUUCAGUCCUUUCUUUUAGCUUAUAAAGGAGGGUUAAGAAUUGAAUGAGAAGCGUACCAUUCUUAGAUACAGUUCUUCUCUUUUUGAAAGUUUCAUUUUUCCUACACAGUUGAGAGUUCUGAUUAUGAAAGUUUGCGUAUACAGAUUUAGUUAUUUAGUUUUUGAUCAUCUAAUUGAAACAUUUCUGAUGAUCCAAUCUAGGUUUGCCAUUUCGAAUGCAAUGAACCGGACGUGACGACUCGCAUUGAAAAGGUCCGCCAACACGUGUACAAGCACGUAUCUUUCUUCAGGUCUUUUUCACUCUUUUUAAACGUAGUUCGAAAGUUUUCAGGUACACCUGCGUCACGUGCAGCAACAAGUUCAUGAGCGUCCACGAGGCGACUGCUCAUUUUCGACGAUUUCAUCCUGGAAGUGCCGUCGAGUUGAGCGACGACUGGUACGUUUUCUUGUUUUAUUACAGACUUAUGCCGUGUUCGAAGUAAUUUCCGCGAAAUUCGAAAUCAUUUCUGACUCUCCAAAAUUUAGUUAUCUUUUUCAUCGUCUGACGACUACUUUGAGUUUUGUGGAAUCACUUUGAACAGGGUUUGAAUCUCAACGGUAUAAAUUCAAAAAAAAAAGCCGCUCAAUGAUUUUGCUACAACAAUGAAAAGUCUGGCUUCACUGCGUCUUAUUUUCUCACACUGACGAUAUCAUAUAAACUCGAAAUUAGCGCGUAAACACGAGUGUCACCAAAAAAGAAAAGACCGCAGUGGAAAGAGACUUUUAAAAAUGUAUUUGAGAAAACAAGGUUUACUUUGGAAGGGAGGAAAACGACGUAGAGAAACUGCGGAAGUUGGCUCGCCAUUGCUUUCCGUACGUUUUCGAGAAGUUCAACGGAUUGGAGACGUCAGAAGCGACGCCUUCCGAAGAUUCCAUAAUGACGACCGACGAACGAGCUUUCCCGCCAAUUCGUUUUAACUAUUGUGUACCGCGAGACUCUUCAAACAACACCUUCUAG